UACGCCCUGUGUCACAACUGCCAGAAGUGGGUAUGUGCUUUCCAAACACCUUGGCACCAGCAUCAGACAAAAGGCUGACCCUAAACGUAGCAUCUGCCAAGCCCUUGUCAAGAGGAAGCAGCUAGGUGCGGAGGUUGCCAACAACUCGGCCAUCUACAAGAGUAUUGUGCUCUUGCUCCAAGUCCCAGCUCUCUGUUUACGACCAAUAUGAGCGCUUACAUCUCGCACGAUCUCACUGCCGACAACACUCAGUGGAUCAUGCACAAUGCUGCCUUGGCCGAUGAAAUCUACCACAUCAAGAUGGGUGCUGUCAUGGACACCCUGCGGCUCUUCGCGGGCAGGAACACCGCUGAGGAUAUUCGCCGUCACCUUGCCACAACCUACCGCGGCCCACCUCGCCCUUCUAGCUCCGUGCCUCGUCAACCUGCGUCUGAACAACACUCUGCACCGAGGCAACUUCCUGCGCCUGGUACUGCCAACGCGGAGAGCAUUACAUCUGGAGCUCCUACGCUACGCCCAAACAUUCCACAGGCCCAGGGUCGCAACACAUAUCACAACCACACCUUGCCUCCAAUUCAGCUUCAAGACAGCGUUAGACAGCCGCAACAGUCACAGCAGUCACAGCUUAAGGCCGAUCAUAUUACCGAGAAUGCUGCCAGUGGAACAUCCUCAAGCUCUGCCACAAGUCGCGAACCUGACGUGGUCCAUGGCGUGACCCACAAGGAACCUCAGAACGCCUACGACGGCAUCUUCAGCUUCCGCAACUACGAUGCUAAAGCUGACGGAAUCCACGAAGAGGCUGGAGGUGACAGCUCGGGCAACGGCAGCUUUACACCAAGAAGCUCCCCCUGCGAUGCUCGUGCCAAUGCGACAGAGAGCAGAGAAGAGACAGAGCAAGAGCACGAGAUCUACGAGGGAUCGAUGUAUCAGCCUACAUGACAGACGUGCUCGAGCAGCAGAGGAUCGGUAGAUGACAGCAAGGGAUAGAUUGAGACAGGAAGAACAAUGCAUGGCUUGACACAACAUAGCUAGAAGUACGUCACAUCGCUGAGUCGCGAAAUGAGAUAGUGUGAUCUGACCCAUGGCUCUGGUAUCGGUGUGCCAUAACCUGGUUUAGAUGCGCAACGAGAUGUAUUCAGAGCUCAAGCCGUUGCUUGUGUCACACCUGGUUGUUGUGUCCUCCAGGGUAAAAAUUGAUUUCUGAAUUACUGGGCUGCAUCAGGUCAUUCGUGUUGACAGACGUCUGGUUGCGCUGCUACUGCUGACAUGCACGUCGCUCUCAGUAACUAUUGUAUUUCUGAGAAGCCGCAUUGCGGUUUCUUGACCAGAAGGGAGUCUGAGCUUGACUCAAGUCGUUCGCUGCUACGUCAGACAUUACUCAAGUACAACAUCGCAAUGUGCAAGAACUCC